UUAUACUCGUAGUAUUGUUGAAAUUAUAAAUUUUGUAAGUUCUUCAAAAAGUCAGCCCAUCGAUAGCGAGCAGUUAAAGUUUCGUCGCCAUGGCUGUUACACGCAUCAUCGCUUUGGCCACUAUUAUGGCAAUCUCCCACGUUUGCGGCACAAUUGCCGCACCACAGGGACGCAUACUGGAGGGUGAGAAUGCCGCAGCCGGUGAAUUUCCAUGGGUUGCUUCGGUUCGUGUGGACAACGCGCAUGUGGCUGUGGGCAGUAUUAUCAGUCAAUACCACAUUUUAACCUCAGCUCAAGGCGUCUCCGAAUUGGGCAGUACACCCAUUUCUUCUUCGCGUGUAUCGGUGCGUGUUGGCAGCAUUAACCAGUUUGCUGGCGGUCAAAUUGUCAGCGCCAGUUCAAUUCUUAUACAUCCAUCUUUUGGUAAUUUCUUGCACAACAUUGCCAUCAUUACCUUGGCAGAACCGCUAAGUUUUACCGACAGGAUCGCAUCGAUUGCUUGGGACACGAGCGAACUCAAUGAAACAUUGGCAGAUGGCAUAAAUGUGUUAUUGGCCGGUUGGGGUCUUCAACUAUCAGGUGCUUCUCCAUACAGACUACAGAAAACCACACUGAGCGUGUUAAGCUCUCAUGAAUGCGAAUAUAAGGCCGGUUAUGGCUAUGAAUCAGCUUUGUGCUUAAACCACGGUGUCAAUCAGGGCAUCGGUCGGGGUGAUGAGGGCGCUGGAGUGGUGUUCAACCACACUUUGGUGGGUGUAGCAAGCUUUUUCUUUGGCGCCGGUGGCACUGAAUUCCCGGAUGUGAGUUGCAGAACGGCUUACUAUAGCGAUUGGAUUUUAAAUAAUGUUGACCCAGCGCUAGCGUAUUUGAAAUAAUAAAAGAGUCUUUGAAUAUUUCCAGAAUAGACAAUUAUGUGUGUAUAAUAGAACAGGCGAACAAAUAAAUUGUGUCGAUAAGAACUACAA